UUUACCCUUAAGGAGUUGUAAUCAAUUAUGAAUAACUAUCACCAUAUUGCUGAUGUGACAAUUAGACCACAUCAAUCAACAUGAAAGUCUUACUGUGGCGGCUCAUCACAAAUUUCUAAGUUGAUCCACCUCUCUCUGUCUCUCGUUCAACUUUCACUUCUCAAUAUUUGGGUUUAUACCAAAUCAAGAUUAUAGAUUCCUAACCAUCGGAUGAAUAUGACCUGGUUACCACCUAAACAAAAGUCUUCAUCUGUAACUAGAUUUUCCAAGGUAUCCUAUCCUUACCGGCCAACCCCAAAUGUCAACCAUGGCGGCUACAACGUCCAUAUCUAGUCUUGGUUCUUCUACAUAGGAUUAACGGUGGGCUUGAAUUAAAAUAAAAAGGACUUACUUGUUACUUCACUCAAUCACUGCAACACCCUUCAAUGGAUCGUCCUGAGAAACACUUCCUUCUAGUUACCUUCCCGUGCCAAGGCCAUCUCAACCCAACACUGCAGCUAGCUAAGCACCUCAUAAGCACCACCGGUACCAAGGUCACCUUGGCCACCACCGUUUACGGCCAACGCCUCAUGACAAACACAAACACAAACACCCUUCCUCUCAUUCCCGGCUUAUCCUUCGCUUUCUUUUCCAACGGUUUCGACGACAGCAACAUCCCGUCCGACGACCCCAACUAUGUCUGCGCUCAACUAAAACGUGUGGGUUCUCAUUCCUUCUCCAACCUUCUCAAUUCAUUCAACGAAGGACCUCACCCGGUGACCUUCAUAGUUUACACCAUCCUCCUUCCAUGGGUUGCCGACGUUGCACGCUCCAUGCACAUCCCCUCUGCCUUCUUAUGGAUCUCCUCAGCCACCGUCUUCACCCUUUAUUACCACUUCUUCAACGGCCAUGAUCACCUAAUUGAAACCUCAACCUCUAUUGACGAACUACCAGGAUUGCCUCCCUUAACUCGCCAGGACCUUCCUUCUUUCUUCCAACCCUCAAGCCCUCACACUUAUGUGCUCCCAAUCUUCCGUGAACACUUUCAAGCCCUGCAACAAGAAACCCAUCCACGUGUCCUUAUGAACACCUUCGAUGCUUUAGAAGGACUCGCCUUAAGGACCAUGUCCAAGUUGAACGUUAUCGGGAUCGGUCCUUCGACCCCAUUAGAAGAUAAAGCCUAUGGAUGUGAUCUCUUUCGGGAUAAGACCGGGUUCGACUAUACAGAGUGGCUCAACUCAAAACCGGCUGGUUCGGUGGUUUAUGUGUCGUUUGGGAGCUUGGUGGUGUUAUCCAAAAGACAGAUUGAAGAGAUCUUUCAUGGACUAAAGGAGAGUAAGAGGCCGUUCUUGUGGAUGUUGAGGUCAUUGGAGAGUAUGAAGGAAUUAGAAUUGGAUGAGGAAGUAGAAGGGAAGAUAGUUGGGUGGUGUUCACAGGUGGAGGUUUUGAACCAUGGUUCAGUUGGGUGUUUUGUGACACAUUGUGGGUGGAACUCGACGGUGGAGAGUUUGGUCGCCGGAGUGCCGGUGGUGGGGUGUCCACACAUUUCUGAUCAGCCGACGAACGCGAAGAUGAUCGAGUCAGUGUUUGAGACUGGGGUGAGGGCGAAAGUGAGUGAAGAAGAGGAAGGGAUAGUGGAGAGAGAGGAGAUUAAAAGGUGCUUGAACAUGAUGAUGGGAGGAGAGAGGGGGGAGGAGAUGAGAAGGAAUGCUUUGAAGUGGAAGGAAUUGGCCAUGGAGGCUAUGGGCAAAGAUGGUUCUUCCACCAGAAAUUUCCUAGCCUUUGUGGAAGAGGUGGUGCAAGGGUGCGAUACAAGUACAGAAUAGACCCCCGCGUCCACAUCUAAGCCUAUGGACCCUUGUUAAGAACCGCUAUUUUGGAAUCUUUGGUAUUUGGUAAUGAUAUAAGGUGGAUCAAAUGCGAAGUGGAUGUGAAAAAUAUGCUGAUUUCUAGGAAUUGGCCAUGGAGGCUAUGGGCAAAGAUGGUUCUUCCACCAGAAAUUUCCUAGCCUUUGUGGAAGAGGUGGUGCAAGGGUGCGAUACAAGUACAGAAUAGACCCCCGCGUCCACAUCUAAGCCUAUGGACCCUUGUUAAGAACCGCUAUUUUGGAAUCUUUGGUAUUUGGUAGUGAUAUAAGGUGGAUCAAAUGCGAAGUGGAUGUGAAAAAUAUGCUGAUUUCUAGUAUUUAUGUAUGGGUAUAUCAUCAUAAAGGUUAGG